AAUACCAACUAUUCAUAACACAACUUGAAAUGCUUGUAUACUUCAACCUCCACACUUGCAUACACUCCCUCUCUCCCCUUGCAUUAUAUUACUCUCAACAUCUUCUCCUAGCAAUUAAAACCAAAAGAUAUGCCUAGUAGUAGUAGCCCUGAAUUAUUUCCUCAAAAAUCCCUCAAGAUCAAACAAGAUGAUAAAUUCUUCUCUAGACUUUUAUCCAAAGAGAAUUCUACAGCAAAUCCAUCCUUUAGAGUCUACUAUGGAAAUGUUUCAAGUUCAGUCCCUUUUACUUGGGAAAUUCAACCUGGUACCCCAAAACACAAAUUUUCUGACAAUUCAGUCCCUCCACUCACCCCACCUCCAUCUUACUACAUCUCAAACCUUGAUGAUCAUCAAAACAUACCCACAAAGAGAAAAUACUUACAAAGAUCCAAGCUCAUUUACAAGCUCUUAUUGAACAUGAAUCUCAUCAAGAAAGGACACGUGGCGUCAUCCUCCUCACCCUCCUCUCUAUCUUCUUCUUCAUGGUCGACUUCUUCGUUUAGUAGUAAAGGAUAUGGAUCAAAACGACGUCGUUUCACUAGCUUUGGCUCUUCAUUUGAUGAUGGACAUUUGUAUAGUAGUGGUGGUGGAUCUCCUGAUUCAGUGAUGUGUUUUGGGAGGAACAAUGGAGAUAGUAACAAUAAUGGAAAUUCAUACACAACUGGGAUCAUGAAGAAAGCUUUUUUAUCUAUUGUGGGUCGUAGAUCUGGUUAAUAAAUACAUCAAGUAUACCAUGCAAAAAAAAGGCUUUCGUGGCUCGUCAGUGAUCUAAAUUUGCAGUUAAAAAAAAAAAAAAAAAAAAACACUUCUAAGGGGCGGUUUGAAUCCUUGAUCAAUUCCUUCUUUCAUUUUAUUUAUGUUUUUCUUUAAACAAAGUCUUGUAUCAUGGACUAGAAAAAGUUUUCUGCAAAUUGUUAGGAUGUUUUGGGGUGUUUGUUGUGUAUAUGUAGUGAUCUCUACUACAUAAAAUAGGAAUAAUUGCAUUUCACAAUUUAGUGAAAAUUAUUGAAAUGUAAAUGAUGUUUGUUAA